AUGGAGUCCCGCAACGAUACAGAGCCGGUCCCCGUGAUUCAAGGCGACAUCGACUAUGACGGACGCGUCAUUCUCUACGUGAUCAAAGCGGACCAGACCUCGUACAUCAACUACAUCAAGCCGCUCAUCUUAGCAAGGGAGGUCAAGGUCCCCCACGUGCUUUCUGUGAUUGACACCAAGGACGAGUGGUUCUAUCGGAUCCAUCCCGAGCGCAUGGUGCCCUCGCUCAAGGACCAGGACCCCGAGACCAAAGAAGAGGUGGUUGUGUUUGAGAGCACAGCUUGCCUGCAGUAUCUUGCGGACCGAUUCGACCACGACCAGAGCUGGACUGGCCGCACUGGCACAGAAAAAGGGGCCGUUCUCUCGUGGACCGCCCAUCAGACGGCAGCCCUAGGUCCCACUGCAAAGUACUGGCUGUACUUCCUCCGAGGGUACCCUACUCGCCAGGAGCCUGUCCAACUGCCGCGGACCAUCGAGAAGCUGCACUCCAACUGCCUGCACCAGUGGGACAUUCUCGACAGGCGCCUCUCGUUGCCCGGCCAGCACUACGUCGCCCUCUCCGAUCGCCCGACUCUGGCCGAUCUAUCCUACUUCCCCUUUGCCAUGCCCUGGAUGUUCCAGUUCCUCGGUGUCGAUAUCCACGACUGGCCUCAUAUCGAAGCCUGGAGCGAAAGAAUGCUUGCGCGACCGGCGGUCAAGGCCGUGUUGGAAAUGGCCCCAACAAUCGGCCACUGA